AUGUCUUUGUCUCCAUCUGCGCGGGAUCUGCGCUUCGUCCAGUCUUAUGCUCCAAACACAUUCAGCCAUCUAUUGCCUGAGAAACCAACCAUCUCCGGGUCUUCGAAGACAAAAAGACCAGACGCUCCUGGAGUGGUUGACAGCGGACACGAGGACACUGAUGAUGAAGCCCCUUCAGCUCACGCUCAACCUCCCGCAUCGAGUCAGUCAGUCAAACUCGGAGACUCCGGCCAAGGCGUUGUUCCACAAGCAGUACCCGUCACCGCUGCAGUCAUCGUCACAUCAGAUGACCGUAGAGGACCUGUUACCGACUCCUCGUCACCAUUCUCGGCCGAAGUUGACCACGAAUACAUGAGCGAUAGCGAUCUCGUCGAGGAUAGGUAUCGAAAAGCUCAAGGUUAUUCGAAACUACCCGCUNUCCGCAAAAGAACCUGGGAGACUGAGCGUGCAAACGCCCUCUUCAGAGCAGGCAAACCAAAGCACUUCGAGUGUUCCGAGCAUCUCUUGAGCGGCAAUCCAUGUACCACCUUCCAGGAGUACCUUCCAUCAAGAUCUGCAGCACGUCCUGUUGUUUCCUCCUUCUUCGGCCACAACAAGCGUGAGUGGAACCAGAUCAUCAAGAGCGUGCGAGUAUUUCUAUGCAGGAAAUGCUACCAGCGCUACGAACACAAGCUCCACCCCCAUUUGGCGUCCAUACAGCUACCUCUCUGUCGAGAAUUAAUCAACAGACUCGAGACAUGGCGUCCUGGUUGCCUAUUCACAGUUCAGUUGACGAAAGUUAUGCAGGAGAAGAUCAAGAGAUUCGAGUUGAAGACGAAGAUCGCAGGAGCCGUAAGACAGGAUGUAGCGGCAGAGGUGGACGCUGAGGACCUGGAUGACAAGAGCUCGGACGUCAAGAGAGCCAGCAACACACCAGUACUCUUCGCCAUCACAUUCGAAAAUCGAUUCGGGGGCAACAACAAGACCACAGACGAGCUUCGCAGUCUCUUCGGUUGGCUGGAGACUGAAUUGGCAGACGGCAACAUCGAGGAUCUGCCAGCCUUCGAAUCUCUGCUUCAGAUGCGUGAGCACGACAAAGAGCAGUUAGAAGUCCAGCAGAAACGUCGUCCUGCACUCAAGAAGUCUCUGCUUAUGAAAGUGCCGACCAAACCUGCUUCUGCUUCGGAUCGAGCCAAUGAACCAGAGAGUACACCUACACCUAGCCCUCUUUCAACGGAUAUUCUGCCCCCUUCUAGUGGAUCCAAAGCCAUCAACACCAUCUCCGCUUCAGUACCCAAGGCUGAUACGUCUACCGCUGGCCCCGUUUCGACCAACGUCUCUGUCGCUCCCAAGCAAGGAACCAUCGAUACCGAGUCCCCCAGCCCAAGCGGCCCUUCGGCUCCUUCAAAGAUCAUACUGAGGCUGAGUAAAGGCAAGAAGUCCACCAGCACUGAUUCCGAAGAUGUCGAAUCACAAGCACGCAUCACCAAGAAGCGAAAGCGUGUCACUGCUUCUUCAAGCAAAGACAAAGAGAUGGAGGAAGACUCAGCCGCUCAUACCAACCAGGCUAAACGUACAAAGAUCGUUGUCAAGGCCAGAGCCGAACAGCACUCACCUGUUGAGCAAGUCUCAGAUGUGCCUACACUCGAAGUCGGCAGUGACGCCCAAGCCUUGACUACCGAGGAACAAGGUCUGGAAGUCAUGGACGGCAGCACACACGUGGCUUCCCUGACCUUCAGCGAGGUGAAAGUCAUCAACUUCGCACCCUCCUCUUGA